AAGCUGCUAAGCUGGCUGAUUUUACUAGUCUAUCAUCAGUGACCUACAAGUGCUCAGUCAAGUCUGGCCAAUACACAGAUUCUCCUGCAUCCGGAGACAUAAAUGUCAAAGCUACCAUUCUAACACUGGUGGUAACUGCUGUGAACAAGGAACAGCUUGAUGGAACUGAAGCAACGAUUUCGUGUAUUGUUGUGGGAUUGACACAGGCACUCAGUGCCGUAAAAUGGACGACGUCUGGGGAUGUUGAUGUGACGACUCUGAACCAAGGAUACAUCGUCGAUGUGGGAUCGUUGGUAGGACCUUCUCAAACUACCACUUUGACUAUUCCUGCUGAUAAGAACAACGAUGAUGUCACUUACUCGUGUGUUUUCACUUCUGCUGAACAUGCUUCAACUGACCAGAAAACUGAAGUUACUUUGAAAGUCUUUAUUGUAGCGUCAGUGACUAAGUCAGUGACUACUAUAAGUAAGGAUCAGACGUUGACCUGUACAGUAGGAGAACUAAACGUAGGUGGAACCCCUGUUAAUGUAGUCUGGAAGGCUCCUGAUGGUACGACUGUAUCUGUCUUGGAUAUUACGAACUACGAUAUCAGCAACGGUACAGUUGAUGGAACCGGCAUACAGGUGGCAGAACUCACCAUCAAGGCUACCAAGCUUGUUGCUUUUGCUAACCAGUCAACAUUCACAUACAAAUGCUCGGUAACAUCAACACAGUACCCAAACUCACCUGUAUCUACCCACGGAGUUGUGGUCAAUGUUCUAGAUUUUAGUCUGAUAGAUUGGAAAGGCAGAAGUGUUGGUGUGGGAGUACGAGGGUUACUGAUAGUCAAUGAAGGAACAGUUUGCAACGACAAUUUCAGCAACAACUCUGCCAAUGUUAUUUGUCGUAGGAUGGGGUACAGUGGUCAAAUUAGUUGGACUUCUGGUGACAGAUGGAAAAUUCAAGAUGAUCGACCCAUUGUUAUGGAUGAUGUGUCUUGUAACAGUGGUGACUGGAGUUCAUGUUCGUAUGCAUGGUCUCACAACUGUGAGCACAGUAAAGAUGUAUUUCUUCAGUGCCAGGGAGUUGAGUAUGAUACCUGGAGUCCCGUGAUACGAGAAAAAUAUCUCAGUGCUAACUUUGAAACUUCGCAUCUGCAUAUGACAACUAAUUUGAGUAGUUCUGUGGGAAAUGAAGGGAGGAUUAAGAUAUGGUUUUAUGAUACAGACCUAUACCAGGCUGGAUCGUUCUAUAUCUGGUUUGUAUCCACAAAUUCGGUUAGAUAUCUAUUAGGGGAGUGUAUGCGGUACUACAAAAGUUUCCCAGUAAGUUUGCCUGCAGAUCAGGAAAGGACCUGGAUGAUCAGUAGGCGUGGCAACACGAUAAAAGUAUACUGCAAUGGAAGCAAAGUUUUAGAAGUCGCUGCUUCCUCAGAAAUAUGUGACAAUCCAGAAUUUAGUACCACAUGGGCUACAUAUUACGGACGAGAAGCAAACACAAUAUAUUUCCCAAUGACCCACACAGCGUCAGACUCAUAUUACGUAGGAACUUUGGUUCCAAAAUGUACUGGACUAGAUACUAAAUGGAGUAACAUGGUGGCAAGCAAUGAAUUUCCAGUACUCAAUGGAACAAAAGUUUUUCUCGGAUGUGAGGAUGGAUAUCUUCAAUUUGGGGACAGUGAGAUCACAUGUCAACAAGAUACGCAGUACUAUUAUGUGACUGAGCCAAAGUGUUCAUUAACAACACCUGAUGCAGAUUUUAGUCUGAUAGAUUGGAAAGGCAGAAGUGUUGGUGUGGGAGUACGAGGGUUACUGAUAGUCAAUGAGGGAACAGUUUGCAACGACAAUUUCAGCAACAACUCUGCCAAUACUAUUUGUCGUAGGAUGGGGUACAGUGGUCAAAUUAGUUGGACUUCUGGUGACAGAUGGAAAAUUCAAGAUGAUCGACCCAUUGUUAUGGAUGAUGUGUCUUGUAACAGUGGUGAAUGGAGCUCAUGUUCGUAUUCAUGGUCUCACAACUGUGAGCACAGUAAAGAUGUAUUUCUUCAGUGCCAGGGAGUUGAGUAUGAUACCUGGAGUCCCGUGAUACGAGAAAAAUACCUCAGUGCUAACUUGGAAACUUCGUAG